AUGGAUCCGUUCGCGUUUGUCGUGCAGGGCAUCGAUAAGCGUGUGCGCGUGUACACCGUGAGCAACGAGGCGGUGAGCGGCACGCUGUUGGCGGUGGAUGAUCACUGCAACGUAAUGCUGCGCGACUGGGGCACCGUGGGCGAGGACGGCGUGGAAACGACGCGGCCUGUGACGUCUUCGUCGUCGCUGCCGGCCCCCAUUCGUUUCAUCCGCGGGGCGCAGAUCAAAACCAUCGUGCUCGCGCAGUAG